AUGAUGCGAAGAGCAAGAAGAGCAACUGCACCUCGUGCAAGACGUAAUUUAAAAUCUAGUAUGGCAGGAAAUUUAAAAGCUGCCUUCCAACAAAGAGACAGUACUCAAGUAGUAUUAAAUGCUACUGAGACUGUACAAUUAGCUAUUCCAGCUAAUACUAAUGGUGCAACUACAGUACGUAAUGUAACUAAGUUGCUUUGUGGUACUGAAUUCUUCCAACAUUAUGCUGGAAUGUAUGAUCAAUUUAAAAUUGAUGGUGUUUCAGUAUCAGCUGAAAUUGUAUACAAUACAUUUGGUCAAGCUGCAAUGACUUUCCCUAAUGUUAUUACUGCAUGGGAUAGAAAUGGUAUUGAUAAAGCUACUGCUAAUGUAGUAACCAAUCCAGAAGGAGGACAGAAUAUAACUAAUGUACCAAUUGUACCUGGACCAUAUCAAGUGAGUUCAUAUUCUAGUGCAGUAAGUAGAGCAUAUUAUCCAGGUGCAAGAUGGGGUAUUACAAGAAGACUUAUUGCUUCAUCACUUCAAGAGAAGAGUAUUUAUCUUCCAACAGUUAAGACUGCUGAAGUAUUGACUGAAUCUACUUUAUAUGCUGCAUGGAAUCCUGAUUUCCUUCUUUCUGUUCUUUUAGGUAAUCAAACAGCUACAUGCCAAACACUUGUAUUUAAUUUAACAUGGUCAUGGGUUGUUUCACUUAGAGGAUUAAGAAAGAGUACACUUGAUGUUAUUCCAAUUCCUAAUGCUAAUUCACUUGGUUAUGCAGGUACUAAUGCAGGUACUGUUGCAAGUGGAACAAAUAAUACUAUGAUUCCUGCUUCAAUGACUGUUGAUAAUAAUGCUGGAGUGGUUACAGUUAGUAAUCCAGUUUAUACUACACAAGUACAAAAUACAGGAGGAGUUACUUCUGUUUCUAAUAAUUCAUGGACUGUUGAUGCACUUAAGAUGUAUUUGAAUGAGGUUAUGUAUAAUAUAGGUGUUGGUAAAGUUGAUGCUAUUUUAUUUGAUGUUAAUAAUGUACAUGUUCUUCCUCAAAGUACUGCUUCUACUGCUAUUAAUAUUCCAGC